AUGCAUUUAAGAAAAAUGCUUGGAAUUACUUUUUUCCUUUUCGUUGCAACAACUGUCUACAAUCCAUUUGUCCACAUAUUCUAUCAGAUUUUCCACACAAACCCACAGAUCCGGAUUACAACGAAAGACAGUCACGUGAUUCCAAAGACGGAACCUUAUUGGGUCGAAGUAAAAACGGAUCGAAACAUAAACCAGAUGACUGCUGAAUUAAGUGACGUAGUUCAGGAAAAAGACAUGGAAGAAAACAUGUUAGUGUCCACCUCUUUACCGGAAAAGUACAUUUGCUUUCGUUCGGACGAAGAAUGGCCAAAUAGAAUGUUCAUGCUUGCAUCCAGUUACGGAAUUGCAAAACGCUUUAAUAUGACUGUCAUCACAAAGCCAGAUAUACUGCCAUUUUUUGAAAUGGAUGUUACAAAUUCGCUUAUACGUUUCCUGAAUGACACAAGCAUUUGUAAAAAGGCCACCAUAUUCAGAGAGUUGAAGGCAGAUAGAUUUGACGAUCGAAUUCUCAAGUUCAAGUCCAAACCCCAAAUUUAUAUGGACGGAUUCUUUCAGUCAUGGAAAUACUUUGCAAACGCGGAAAUGGAACUUAGGGCUCUCUUUCAAUUUGAUGAAUGGUUGGUUUACAGGGCAGAAGAAAAGUUGGAAUCGAUCAAAAACGACAUCUAUCUAGCUCAGCAAGAACCGAAGGAUUUGAUUUUUGUUGGCAUUCAUAUGCAGAGAAAGAGAUUUGCGAAAAACGGGACGGAGACUAUGGCUUCCAAAAGUUACUUCUAUAACGCUAUGAAAUUCUUCGUUGUUCAUUUCAACCAUGUCAUCUUUGUCGCCUGUUCGGACACUCCAGGUUUGGCCGAAGAAAAUCUACCCGAGUUCGUCCAUUUUGUGCAUAACACUGACCCAGUGUUUCAGAUGUGUCUCUUGACCAGGUGCAAUCAUACAAUCAUGUCGCCUGGGGCAUUCGAAUGGUGGGCAUCUUGGUUGGCUGAUGGAAUUACGACUUACUUUCAAUCACCUGUAAAAGAAAAAGAGAUCAAACAAGAAGAAUUCAAUACUAGUAUGAGCGAUUAUUAUUGGCCCAACUGGAUACCCAUAUUUGCGUAA